UUCCAACUAAUUUUUACAAUUGAAAUUUCCUCUCUCUCUUCUGUCCAACUCUCUGGGGAUCCAAACAUACAAACUAAUUAAUCCCCCGCUUAAUAUCACCCGCCUUUCUCAUCAUUUCCAAACAUUCCCUUUCCCUUUCCCUUUCCCUUCCCCUUCGCUUCUCUCUCUCUCUCUCUCUCUGCGUCAUCGACGUCUGCCUUUCAUCAAACGGACACUCAUUGCUGACGUGGCUGAAAACUCUUGGACGUCAUAUUCACAUGGAUGGGUUACUUCAAGAACAUUGAGUGGUAAAGGCUUUAGGGUUAUCACUUGCAGCAAAAUAAAAAAUGGCUCCAGCUAGUAAGGCUGAUAGAAAGGCGGUUGUAGAUGCAGCUGCUUGGAUGUUCAAUGUUGUCACUUCUGUUGGAAUUAUUAUUGUCAAUAAAGCCUUAAUGGCUACCUAUGGUUUCAGUUUUGCUACAACACUAACUGGUUUGCAUUUUGCUACCACGACCUUGAUGACAGCUGUUCUAAGAUGGUUAGGAUACAUUCAAUCUUCUCAUCUACCCUUGCCUGAGCUUUUGAAAUUUGUUCUCUUUGCCAAUUUCUCUAUCGUUGGAAUGAAUGUUAGUCUAAUGUGGAACUCUGUGGGAUUUUAUCAGAUUGCAAAGCUGAGUAUGAUUCCUGUAUCCUGCUUUUUGGAAGUUGUGAUGGACAAAAUUCGGUACUCCAGAGACACAAAGCUGAGCAUAGCUGUUGUUCUUCUGGGUGUUGGUGUUUGUACUGUUACUGAUGUGAGUGUUAAUACCAAAGGUUUUGUAGCUGCCUUUAUUGCUGUUUGGAGUACUUCUCUGCAACAGUAUUAUGUGCAUCACCUUCAACGAAGGUAUAAUCUUAGUUCUUUCAACCUACUGGGACACACUGCUCCUGCCCAGGCUGGAACACUGCUGUUAGUAGGUCCAUUUCUGGAUUAUUGGUUGACAAACAAGAGAGUUGAUGCCUAUAGUUAUAACCUAGCAUCUGUGACGUUUGUAGUUCUGUCAUGUACUAUAGCGGUAGGAACCAACCUCAGCCAGUUCAUCUGCAUAGGCAGAUUUACUGCUGUGUCCUUCCAAGUACUCGGGCAUAUGAAGACAAUCCUUGUGUUGAUUAUGGGAUUCUUUAUCUUUGGAAAAGAGGGCCUCAAUCUGCAUGUUGUUCUGGGCAUGAUCAUAGCUGUGGUUGGAAUGAUAUGGUAUGGAAAUGCUUCAUCUAAGCCUGGUGGGAAGGAGCGCCGGAGCCUUUCUCUGCCGACCAGCAGACAACCAAAGCAUGGUAGUUUGUCGGAUUCUAAUGAACACGAUGGGAAAGUCUAAUUCUGCAUGUAGGGUAAGUUAAGCAUACAAGGACAUAGCUGAUUUCAGAAAGUUAUUGGCUCUCAUGAUUAGAAAAACCAACCAACCAUAAUUUUAAUUAUUUUUAUCCUGAUUUUUGUAAUUCUUAUUCUUUGUAUUGGGUUCACUCUGAGGGAGGUAAUGGAUGAUUUUCUGAUAGGAUUAGAUGCAUUUGGAAAUUUGCUUUUCUAUUUCAGGAAUAUAAUUUAUAUAAAUUUUUUUCAUGCCUUUUGUUCCUUCGAAA